AUGGGGGACAGAAUUCCCCCUCUUACGAAUACAACCACCACCACCGUUGGCUCUUUCCUCGUGGCUGCCCUUUCUUUUGAACCCCGUCUUGUCCCAGUUCCUACUCCCCCAUUCGCACCUUCUGAUUUUCUGUCUCAACGAGCAGGAACAGAAGUCAAAAGAAUCCGACGAAACAGGGUGUCACAUCCUCGCGCAUUCCUGCACCCUCAUACCUCCAACGAAACUGCGAAGAUUUAUGAUUUGACGCCGACGACUCUGACGCUGUGA